CCAAACAAGAUGGCAGACGGUGUGUGUGCAGUAGGGACGACUGAUAGUGUUAAGGAUUCUGUGGUGAAGCAGAGUGUGGAUUUGCUCAGUAUUUCACACAAGGAUUGUUUAAAUUCCAAUACAUUGAAAUCUUCGUUUUAUAUUCACGGUGACAGUGGAGAGUUGUGUUCGCGUUUUGAAAUCGAUGGCGUGGUGGAACUGGGUGUGCGCGCUUCUGCUAUGCUUUGUGGUGCUAGCUCCGAGUUUUGUCCAAAUAAUGGAGAUAACUGCAGAAAAAAGCGAUGUACCGACAGAUAUGAUAGUUCGGAAAGCUCAGACAGCGGCGUAGCGACGCUCAGCUGCACUGACUGCUCGACGUCGUCUAGUGGCACUAGCGACAUCACAGACCCAGGGUCGCCCUACAGCACCGCGUCCACCCACUCCUCGGCCUCUGAGGGCAGCGACGACUGCUCCCCCCGUAAGAAUGUCGCCACCACCGCGACGCUCGCUCUGCCGGCUCCCCCGUACUGCGGGAUCGUGACACCUCCAGUGCAAAGCCGUCACUGGGCGACGUCCGCUCCCUCUUGCAAGACGGUCUCCGCUAUGGCGCCCAACACACAGGAACCCUGCUGGCCAUGGGGCGGAAAGGAGCGCGACAAAGGACCGCCGCCACCGCCACCACCACUUGCCGUCACUGCCACCCCGCUAACAUCGGUCACUGCCAAUGUCAUUGCCAAUCUGCCCCUCAAGUCGAAACGUCAAACUGCCAUUACAAGCCACAAGACUGCCUCUGCUUCCACUGCAGCAACCAAGAGACUAAAGGUGGAACAUCCGAGCAGCAAUAAUAAUAGUGUUAAAGUUACUAGUCAUUGUGCCACCAAGAGCAAGUGUUGUAGUGCUGACAAUAAGGGUCAUGAGGGCGAGGCGCCCCCACCAGCCAAACUGCCACAGCAAGGGAAGAUAACGGAGUACUUCAAAGCACAGGUAAAGCCACUCAAUGGAGUUAAGAAAGAGCUGGCUGUGAAAUCUGGUUCUGGCUUGCAGCAGGUGAGAAAGGAACCCAAGAUUUGUGAAACCAGUGCUGGCCUCAACAAGUAUUUUCCAAGUUUGCUCUCGGGUACAAAGUCAGUAGGAGCUAAAUCACCCACGAGGAAUGUAUUACUGUCCAAAGGGAGUGACGUUAAAAGAGAUGCCAUUUCUGGUGGAGGCACUUCUCCAUCAUGGGUGAUAUCUUCUGUUGAUGGCAAGCCUUCGAAGGUGUUGCAGAAGGUUGCAGCAGAUAAAAAGACUGGACCAGUGGUGGCAGUAGCUUCAGCACGAAAGGUUUCUUCAUCUGCUGUCUCAAAGUUCCUGGAGGUAAAGCGGAAUGGUCUCAAUAUUCCGACAUCAUCUCAGAAGUUGAAUGCACUGCUGUCGCCAUAUACCACCCAAAAAUCACCAUCCUUCUCCACCUUUGCGGAAAGUGCCCAAAAACCUGGGUUGACAACCUCUGCAGGUGGCACCCCUAAAGUUGUUUCAUCUGAAACAGUGUUUAAGAGUGGGAAGGAAGCCAUUCCAAAACCAAAGACUAUCGUGUCUGAGACAGAAUGCGUGGCUUCCCCACUGUGUGAUGAGCCUACUCCAAUCCUGUCAGUGCCAACCACCAUCAGGUUCCCUGCCAUUGCUAGUGACAGCAGCAGCAGUAGUAGCAGUGUGGUACCUCCUAAACCUAGCAGCUCACAGGUGGAAUCACCUGACACCAUUGUCUGCCGCUGGUCAGAGUGUCAGACGCACUUCGACUCCAGCACCGGUCUGUUGGAGCACCUGCAGGCAAAGCACGUGAACCCGCAGGUGUCGUGUGAGAAUUAUGUGUGCCUAUGGGUGGGCUGCAAGGUGUAUGCCCGUACAUCGUGUUCCCGUUCAUGGCUGGAGAGACAUGUACUGAGUCACGGUGGGAACAAGCCAUUUCGUUGCAUUGUGGAUGGAUGUGGUCAGCGGUUCAGCUCCCAGACAACGUUGGAACGCCAUGUGAACAGCCACUUCAGCCAAAGUGAGGCUGGUAAUGGGAACACUGGAGCACGUCGUAGCUUGGAGAGUGCCUCCAGUAAGCUGUUCCGUCGGAAUGGGAAGAAGCUGCGGUACCGCCGGCAACCAUGGUCAGCGCGCAUGUUCGACUAUUUUGAUGCAGGGAUCAUGGAAGGACUGCAGCAUCGCCUGGUGAACAUGACCGAAGUGCAGACGCAAGGCAGUGUCGCAGCUGCAGCUGGCAACACUGUUUCCCUUCACAGUAAGGUGAUGGCACGGCGGGUGGAGCCAGAUGGACAGAUGCAAGUCUUGCUGCACUGGUACCCCGAAGACAUUCUGCCAGACGAGUGGGUGACAGAGAUGGAAGCUCAGAGCAGCCGCUGCGUGCCAAUCCCAAGCCUUUCUCCUGCUGCCAUGACAACACUCCAGACUGCCCUGUUUGUGCCAGGGAGAAACAAGCAGCGUCGGAAACCCACAAAGUCCACGUGAUGACUGGACUCUGACUAGCAGGGUGUAUGUCUCAGAGUUUUGCCCCGAUGAGCAGCAGAAGAUCAUGGAUGCACAUACCAAAGUGAACUGGACAGAUAUUUCCAAGAAAGAUGUGGAACUCAGUAUUUAAAUUCCCUCUCCUACUUCUGAAACGUUUUUAAGCUAGGCUUAGGGUGUAGGAUGAGGUAUUGAGUGUUAGUUUGUGUAUAGGUCCGGCUAUGCUGAGUAGAAUAACAUGGUGAAGGAAUCUGAUUUUCCUCCAAAGCAAUCAGCCCCAGACCACACUGCCAAAUCUUGUGCGCAAGUGUAUAUAUCAGUAGAGAGAGUAAAAGUUUUUUUUAACAUUUCUUUCUUUGGCCAGAGUGUGUGCGUGUGUGUCAUAGUUUCUUCCUAAACCACACACUAUGCGCACACAUUUUGUGCUCAUACUUCAUGUACAUAUGAUAUAGUUAUCUUCGGAGACAUUUCUUGAGUGUCAUACUUAAGUUGAGGGAAACAGUAUAAAGCCUCUUUUUUAACCUCAUAACUAAUUAUUUAUGACAAGGAGAAUAUAACAGUGUCAGGUUUCAAGGUGCAAAACAGCCAAAAAUAGUAGACACAUGUAACGAUCACUGCCAUUCUGAACUGCCACUGUCUGUGUGUUUGUCAUUCAGUUGUUCAUGUUCGUUUGUUCAUUUGUUUGUUUGUGGGGACACCAGGCACACUUAGCAUAGUUGGAAGGGAAUAUGUCUUGCUUUUCCUUCCUCUUGUUUAUGUUUUGUCUCUUUACUGCACUAGUGCCAUAAUUUAUUAAAGUUAGUGGUGUGCAUAGGAAAAUCA